AUGAUUGUGCCAGUUAGAUGUUUCUCUUGUGGGAAAGUGGUAGGUGACAAAUGGGAAGCCUAUUUGAAUAUGUUACAAGAAGAUGAGUUGGAUGAGGGAACUGCCUUGUCCAGACUAGGCUUGAAGAGAUACUGUUGCAGACGUAUGAUCUUAACGCAUGUGGAUUUGAUUGAAAAAUUCCUAAGAUACAACCCAUUGGAGAAAAGAGAUUGA